AUAAAUACUUCCCCGUAUUCUCCACGCGGUUUUUCAUUUUCCAUUUUCCGCCACUGUUUUUCGCCCUCUGAUCCCCGCUGUUUCCUCCGAUCUUACCUCAUUUGUGCCUUAAUUUUCACUCUGUUUCUUUUGAUUAAGGGGUUUCUACGAAAGCUCUAAAUUUUCCUGUUUUUUUCUCGGCAAAAGCUAAGGUCCUCUUCAUUCAGAUGAACUCCUAGUUCAGGAAUUUAGGCAUGGAGAGGGUACAAUCAAACUGGGAGCGCCUUGUCCGGGCAACCUUGCAGAGGGAGCAGCUGCAUGGAUCUCAACAAGGGCUUGAAAGGCCUUCUAGCGGGCUUGCUGCUGCUGUGCCGCCUUCUCUUGUGAAGACGACCAACAUCGAUGCAAUCCUUCAUGCUGCUGAUGAAAUCGAAGAUGAAGCUCCUAAUGUUGCUAGAAUCCUUUGUGAGCAAGCUUAUUCAAUGGCUCAAAAUUUGGACCCGAACAGUGAUGGAAGAGGUGUACUACAAUUCAAAACUGGGUUGCAGUCUUUAAUUAAGCAAAAACUUUCAAAGAAGGAUGGUGAAAAAAUUGAUAGGAGUAGAGAUAUACAACUCCUAUGGGAAUUCUACACUAAAUACAAAGAGAGACAUCGAGUAGAGGAGAUCCAGAAAGAGGAGCAAAGAUUGAGGGAGUCUGGUGUAUUUAGUGGUGUAUUUAGCAGUAACUUGGGAGAGAGGGAACGUCGUUCUAAAGAAAUGAAGAAGGUUUAUGCUACUCUGAGGGCCUUGGUUGAGGUUAUGGAAGCACUUUCCAAAGAUGCGCACCCUGAUGAAGUGGGCAGACUGGUUCAUGAAGAGUUAAAAAAGAUAGAGCAAUCUGAUGCGACACUGAAGGAUGAGCUCACUCCAUAUAACAUUAUCCCCUUAGAUGCACCAUCACUAACAAAUGCGAUUGGAAUUUUCCCAGAAGUGAAGGCUGCAGUAUCUGCGAUACAGUAUACAGUGGACUUCCCUCGGAUUCCUGCUGGUUUUUCAGUUUCUCAGUUGCGAAGUUUAGAUAUGUUUGAUCUCCUCCAGUAUGCCUUUGGCUUUCAGAAAGACAACAUCCGCAACCAACGAGAGAAUGUGGUUCUUCAUAUAGCUAAUGCGCAGACUCUUCUUGGCAUUCCUGAAGGAAAUGAUCCAAAGAUAGAUGAGAAAGCGAUCACUAAUGUUUUCCGGAAAGUUCUUGAUAACUAUAUCAAGUGGUGCGGAUACUUGGGCCAACGUCCUGUAUGGAAUAGCUUGGAAGCUCUGAACAGGGAACGCAAGCUUAUAUUCCUUUCUUUGUAUUUUCUCAUCUGGGGAGAAGCAGCUAAUAUUCGAUUCUUGCCGGAAUGCAUCUGUUAUCUAUUCCACAAUCUGGCAAAGGAUUUGGAUGUGAUAUUAAACCAACCUGAAGCUCAACCAGCCAUGAGUUGUACAAGUGAAGAUGGAAAAGUGUCUUUUCUUAAGGAAAUCGUCAUCCCUAUCUACGAUACAAUGGCAGCGGAGGCUUCAAGGAAUAAUAAUGGAAAGGCAGCUCAUUCAGAAUGGAGGAACUAUGAUGACUUCAACGAAUAUUUCUGGUCAUCUAAUUGCUUCAAAUGGGGCUGGCCAUUGCAGAAAGAUCAUGCUUUCCUUUUCCAUCCAAAGAAGGGGAAAAAGACUGGCAAAAGUAGCUUUGUAGAACACCGUACAUUUCUUCAUCUGUAUCGCAGUUUUCACCGUAUGUGGAUUUUUUUGGCCUUAGCCUUCCAGGCUUUGACAAUUGUUGCUUUCAAAGAUGGGCAAUUCAACCGAGGUACUUUCUAUGAGCUGCUUAGCAUUGGAUCGACAUUCACUGUGAUGUGCUUCAUAGAGAGUUGCUUAGAUGUGAUACUUAUGUUUGGGGCUUAUGCUACGGCUCCGGGUUUGGCUCUUUCAAGGCUGUUUUUAAGAUUUUUUUGGUUUGGGAGCUGUUCUGGGCUUGUGACAUACUUGUAUAUAAAGGUUAUGGAAGAGAAAGAUCAGCCCAACUCAAAUUCAUUCUAUAUUCGGCUUUACAUUCUGUUGUUGGGGGUUUAUGCUGCCACACGCCUCUUUCUUGCAUUCUUACUUAAAUUUCCAGCUUGUCACACUGUCUCUGAUAAAUGUGACCGAUGGUCUUUCUUUCAAUUUUUCAAGUGGCUGUAUCAGGAACGGUAUUAUGUUGGGCGUGGCCUUUAUGAAAGGACAAGUGAUUAUUUGAGAUACUUGAGUUUUUGGUUGGUGAUUUUUGUGUGCAAAUUCACAUUUACAUAUUUUCUCCAGAUUCACCCGCUUGUAGGCCCAACCAAAAUAAUUGUAAAUAUCCCCAACUUGCCAUACUCGUGGCAUGAUUUUGUGUCAAAGAACAAUCAUAAUGCACUAACUAUUGCUAGUCUUUGGGCACCAGUUGUGGCGAUCUACAUAUUGGACAUACACAUAUGGUACACACUUCUAUCUGCUCUUGUUGGUGGCAUUAUUGGAGCUCGUGCUCGAUUGGGGGAGAUACGCUCCUUAGAAAUGUUGCGGAAGCGUUUUGACAGCUUUCCUGAAGCGUUUGUGAGAAACCUUGUGUCUUCCAAAUCAAAAAGGUUGCCUUUGGAGAGCUCUAACACUCAGGAUUCACCAUUCAUAAACAAGAUCCAUGCAGCCAAGUUCUCUCCUUUUUGGAAUGAGAUUAUUAAAAGUUUGCGUGAAGAAGAUUACAUCAGUAACAGGGAAAUGGACUUGCUUCUUGUUCCUAGCAAUUCUGGAAGCUUGAGGCUUGUUCAGUGGCCAUUGUUUCUAUUAUGCAGCAAGAUUUUUAUGGCAAUAGAUUUAGCGGUUGAUAGCAAGGAGUCUAGACUCACUCAGUUGGAACUUUGGCAUAGAAUCUCGAGAGAUGAAUACAUGGCAUAUGCUGUCAAGGAGUGCUACUUCAGCAUAGAAAAAAUCUUGCUAUCGCUUGUAGAUGGUGAAGGGAGACUCUGGGUUGAGAGGCUUUAUCGUGAAAUCAAUGGAAGUAUUGCAGAUGGUUCAAUUCUUGUGAACUUAAGGCUUACAAAGCUUCCAUUGGUUGUGUCGAGAUUUACUGCACUGACGGGACUCCUUGUACGGAACAAAACUCCUGAGCUUGCAAGUGGGGUUAGUAAAGCUGUUUAUGAACUUUAUGAUGUUGUUAUUCAUGACCUCCUUUCAGAUAGUUUGAGGGAGCAGUUUGACACAUGGAACAUUUUGGCAAAAGCUAAUAAAGAGGGCCGUCUCUUUUCCCGGAUAGAAUGGCCCAAGGAUCCUGAAAUUAAGGAGCAGGUGAAGCGGUUACAUCUGCUUUUCACCGUGAAGGAUUCAGCUGCUAAUAUUCCAAAGAAUUUAGAAGCAAGGAGGCGGCUUCAGUUUUUUACAAAUUCUUUGUUUAUGAAAAUGCCUCCUGCAAAGCCUGUUUGUGAAAUGAUUCCAUUCAGUGUCUUUACACCAUAUUACAGUGAGACUGUGCUUUAUAGUGCCCAUGAUCUAAGUCAGGAGAAUGAAGAUGGAAUCUCUACUGUCUUUUAUCUUCAAAAGAUUUUUCCAGAUGAAUGGGCCAAUUUCUUGGAGCGAAUUAAGCGUCAGGAUUCGGAAGCAGAUGCCAUUCUCCAUGAUGGUUCUCCUAAUGCCUUGGAAUUACGAUUUUGGGCAUCCUAUCGAGGCCAGACUCUGGCCAGAACAGUUCGGGGAAUGAUGUAUUACAGAAAGGCUUUAAUGCUACAGAGCUAUUUGGAGAAUAGAUCUCUUGGAGAAAUUGAAGAUGGUUAUUCAGGAAAUGAUUUUACAAGUAUGGACUUUGAGCUGUCUCCUGAAUCACGGGCACAAGCAGAUCUGAAAUUUACUUAUGUAGUAUCUUGCCAAAUAUAUGGACAACAGAAACAGAAACGAGCCCCAGAGGCUGCUGAUAUUGCUCUUCUUCUGCAGAGGAAUGAGGCUCUUCGGGUUGCUUUUAUUCACACAGAGGAGAGUGCUGAUGGAUCAAGAGAAUAUUUUUCAAAGCUUGUUAAAGCCGAUGUUCACGGAAAGGAUCAGGAAAUAUACUCCAUCAAGCUACCUGGAGAUCCUAAACUUGGAGAAGGAAAGCCUGAAAACCAGAAUCAUGCUAUUAUAUUUACUCGUGGAGAUGCCAUUCAAACAAUUGACAUGAAUCAGGAUAACUAUUUUGAAGAGGCUUUGAAAAUGAGGAAUCUUCUAGAGGAAUUUCAUAGAAAUUAUGGUCUUCGAGCACCAACUAUUCUAGGUGUUCGAGAGCAUGUUUUCACUGGAAGUGUCUCCUCCUUGGCUUUGUUUAUGUCCAAUCAAGAAACUAGUUUUGUGACUUUGGGCCAACGUGUUUUGGCAAAUCCUCUCAAGGUUCGAAUGCACUAUGGCCAUCCAGAUGUAUUUGAUAGGAUCUUUCACAUUUCUAGAGGUGGCAUUAGCAAGGCAUCCCGUGUUAUCAAUAUAAGCGAGGAUAUCUAUGCUGGAUUCAAUUCCACAUUACGACAAGGAAACAUCACACAUCAUGAGUAUAUUCAGGUUGGGAAGGGAAGAGAUGUUGGCCUGAAUCAAAUUGCGCUGUUUGAGGGGAAAGUAGCUGGUGGAAAUGGGGAGCAAGUCUUAAGUAGAGAUGUGUAUAGGCUUGGACAACUACUAGACUUUUUUAGAAUGAUGUCGUUUUAUUUCACCACCGUGGGCUAUUAUGUCUGUACUAUGAUGACUGUUCUAACCGUGUACAUAUUUCUUUAUGGAAGAGUAUACCUGGCCCUUUCUGGAUUGGAUGAGGGCAUUGCAAGGCAAGCUAGGUUGACGGGUAAUACCGCACUGUACACGGUUUUAAAUGCUCAAUUCUUGGUCCAGAUUGGUAUCUUUACUGCAAUCCCAAUGAUAAUGGGUUUUAUAUUGGAGCUGGGACUUCUGCAGGCUGUCGUUAGUUUUAUAACCAUGCAACUUCAGCUGUGCUCUGUAUUUUUCACAUUUUCUCUUGGGACAAAAACUCAUUAUUUUGGCCGCACGAUUCUCCAUGGAGGUGCAAAGUACCGUGCAACUGGGAGAGGCUUUGUUGUCCGGCAUAUUAAAUUUGCAGAUAAUUAUCGACUUUACUCCCGAAGUCAUUUUGUUAAAGCGCUUGAAAUUGUUGUGCUUCUGAUAGUCUAUAUAGCGUAUGGCUAUACAAAGGAAGGAGCGAUUACUUUCAUCCUUAUUACCCUCAGCAGUUGGUUCCUAGCCGUUGCCUGGCUUUUUGGUCCUUAUAUUUUCAAUCCAUCAGGAUUUGAGUGGCAGAAGACUGUGGAAGAUUUUGAUGACUGGAUAAAUUGGCUUCUUUACAAAGGUGGAGUUGGAGUGAAAGGGGAAAAUAGUUGGGAAGCUUGGUGGGAUGAGGAGCAGAUGCACAUUCAAACAUUGAGAGGUCGUAUUCUGGAGACAAUUCUGAGCUUGAGGUUUCUCAUAUUCCAAUUUGGAGUUGUUUACAAGCUCAACAUCACUGGAAAGAGUACUUCUCUUGUGGUUUAUGGAAUUUCAUGGGCUGUAUUAUUUUUAGUCGUUUUAAUAUUCAAGGGUCUGACCUGUAGCCCAAAAAAGUCAACUGGUUUCCAGUUAGGGAUCCGGUUCAUGCAAGGAACUUUGUUCCUUGGAGUGAUAGCUGGUGUUGCGAUUGCUGUGGCUGUCUCACCACUUUCAUUUACGGAUCUGUUUGCCUGCAUUCUAGCAUUUGUGCCAACCGGUUGGGCCAUUUUAUGUCUCGCAAUCACGUGGAGAAGAUUCGUAAAGAGCUUGGGCUUGUGGGAUUCAGUUCGUGAGAUUGCUCGACUCUAUGAUGCUGGGAUGGGGAUACUCAUAUUCUCACCCAUUGCCUUUCUGUCGUGGUUCCCAUUCAUCUCCACCUUCCAAUCUCGCCUCCUCUUUAACCAGGCAUUCAGUCGAGGCUUGGAGAUCUCCCUCAUUCUCGCUGGAAACCGUCCAAAUGUUGAAACGUGAUUUCUCUCCCUUUCUAUCAUCAGCACCAAUCAAUGUCUAGAGGUUUUUUCCAUUUGGCUUUCUGUAAGAGUGGAGCAUGAUCUCUCUCUGUCUCUCCAGGUUAUUGUAGGAGUGGAAUAUGAACUGUCUCUUUGAUUAAGAUCGUUGAAAAUUGUGAGGUGUUUCUCUUUUCGCUUUACGUGGGGGUGGAAUGUGUAUAAAUUGGCAGGAGUUUAAUGAUUUUUGACGUAAGAUUUAUUUGUUUUA